UGACUGUCUCCUCUGUCUGGCUCAUACCAAGGAGUCCUUAUUUUCUCCCUGUGACAUCAGCCUGUUGCUGUGGGAAUGGCAGGUAUUUCAUAAGCGGAGAAUAAAAGCAGCAGAAGAAGAACAAAGGAGUAUCAAUGGAGAGAAUUAUUCUGUACAGAAUGUACCCUUUAAUAACACAGACAGGUGUCUGUCCAUGUGCUAACUCUCAAGCCUUGGCAAAUAGACGGUCAACAGCCAUGCAACAUUCUCGCUGUCAAUAGUUACGACCAUGCCCCUGCACAGCAAAUCUCCAGGAAUAACUUUGUUGCAUCAGAUUCAAGGAACUGAACUGGAGACAAUAAGCAGACCACCGCUGAAGUUACCCCUUGAAAGAUCCCUUGGCGAAAUGUACGUUGAUAGCAAUAGGACGGGAAUUUUUAACUACCCAGAGGGCACCACUUAUGACUUUACUGCUGCUACUGCACCAGUCUACAGCUCUGCCAGCCUCAGCUAUGCCACCAGUUCUGAGUCUUUUGGAUCAAGUAGCCUAACUGGGCUUCAUUCUUUGAACAACGUGCCACCGAGUCCAGUGGUAUUUCUACAAACAGCACCACAGAUUUCCCCCUUUAUCCACCACCAUGGCCAGCAGGUGCCCUACUAUUUGGAGAGUGAGCAAGGCUCUUUCGGAGCAAGAGAAGCGACUCCUGCUACAUUUUACAGAUCAGGUUCAGACAGCAGACGCCAGAAUGGAAGAGAUCGGAUAACUGGAACUAAUGAUAAAGGAACACCAACGAUGGAAUCCAGUAAAGAGACACGAUACUGUGCAGUAUGUAGCGACUAUGCAUCUGGGUAUCAUUAUGGAGUCUGGUCAUGUGAGGGCUGUAAGGCUUUCUUCAAAAGAAGUAUACAAGGCCAUAAUGACUACAUGUGUCCUGCAACCAAUCAGUGUACCAUCGACAAAAACAGGAGAAAGAGCUGUCAAGCCUGCCGACUCAGAAAAUGCUAUGAAGUGGGGAUGAUGAAAGGGGGUAUCAGAAAGGAUCGCAGGGGAGGACGUAUGAUGAAACACAAACGACAAAAAGAAGAGCAAGAGCAAAAGACUGAAGGCAAUGCAACAGAGAUAAGGGCAGCCUCCAUCUGGGUGAACCCCUCUGUGAAAAGCAUAAAGUUGAGCCCUGUAUUGUCUUUAACAGCAGACCAGCUUAUCAGUGCCUUAAUGGAAGCAGAGCCUCCUAUUGUUUAUUCUGAGCAUGACUCAACUAAACCACUCAGCGAGGCUUCCAUGAUGACCCUGCUAACAAACCUUGCAGAUAAAGAACUGGUGCAUAUGAUUAACUGGGCAAAAAGAGUGCCAGGUUUUGUGGAUUUAACACUUCAUGACCAAGUUCAUCUCUUGGAAUGUGCUUGGCUUGAAAUCCUCAUGGUGGGUUUAAUCUGGCGCUCCGUGGAUUAUCCAGGAAAACUUUCAUUUGCUCCAAAUCUCCUAUUGGACAAGAACCAGGGGCGUUGUGUGGAAGGCUUGGUUGAGAUUUUUGAUAUGCUGGUCACUACAGCUACACGUUUCCGAAUGAUGAGGCUCUGUGGGGAGGAGUUUAUCUGUUUGAAAUCUAUCAUUCUUCUCAAUUCUGGUGUAUAUACCUUUCUGUCUAGUACCCUAGAAUCUUUAGAAGACACAGACCAAAUUCAUUUGAUUUUGGACAAGAUCAUAGACACAUUGGUGCAUUUUAUGGCUAAAACUGGACUAUCCCUUCAACAGCAGCAAAGACGACUGGCUCAACUGCUUCUGAUACUUUCACAUAUUAGACAUAUGAGCAAUAAAGGGAUGGAGCACCUGUAUAGCAUGAAGUGCAAAAAUGUUGUGCCGCUAUAUGAUUUGCUGUUGGAAAUGCUGGAUGCACAUCGCAUGCAUACACCCAAAGAUAAAUGUGUAACUCAAGAGGAAGACAGCCGCAGCCCACAGACUGAAGCCCCGACUACUUCACCCUGCGUACAGCCUUAUUACGUAAAUAGGGAGGAAACAAGUUUGGAAAACACAUUAUGAAAGAAUUCUGUUCUCUUUUUUUUUUUUUAUUAUUCAUUGGUCUUAAGUGGCCAUGCAGUUCCCAACAAUAUACUACCUACUACGUAUAGUCUGCUCACCGAUUUAGCUGAAUAAUGCUGCAUAUGUAAACACACUCCGGCACGCAUCUUUUCAAUGAUUUCUAGUGCAGGGUUUCAUCAUCUCUUUGCAACAUAUCUAAGUGGAAGAGGAGCCAUUGGGCUGAAGGACUCUCUCCAUUACAAUCAGCGCUUUCUGUGAUUUUAUUUUUGUACGCUAUUUCAUGUAACUCUGUGCUGCCAAGGAGCACAACUACAUUUCUACAGCUUUCAAUAAAAUAGUUUGGAUAGUGUUAAAAUAGCAUGGACUAUGACUGAUGCAAAAUCAGUAUAUACUGUAGUUUCACAUGUGCAAGUUUUUUAUCUAGCACCAAGCAUUUACAAAAUAUCAUUUAUAUGAACAUUUUAUCUACAGUUAUGUUAGUGUAUCUAGUUUUCAGUGUUACUGUAGAUCCCACUAGUGACAUUUCACUUACUACUUUAUAUAGUUCAUCCCAUCAUAUUCCUAUCCAUUAUUCAUUUUCUUAACCGUUUAUCAAUGGUUUCUCUGACUAUUAAUCAAUCUGACAAGGGAGCGAAUUGAAUAUAUGUGUAGUGCCAAAAGUUUAUUGGGCACAAUUGUUUUACAGUUAAGUGGUACUCGUUAGGAUGACAUUAGCCUUGACUUUUGGCAUAAGAAUGUGGUGCUCCAACCAGGUCCCACCGAUUCUUAAGUCAUAAUAUAUGUUUAAGAGCUUAUCUUCAUUUUGUGUUCUCUUUGAUUAUUAAUAAGCCUACAGAUGUAGGAUUUUUAAAGGCACUAAAUUAUGAUAAUGUUUUUGAUAAUUUAAUAAUGAAACAAGACAAAGUUGGCCUGAACUGUAACUAAACCACCUUAGUAAACAGAUGGCCUUCCUUUUGUUCAAUUAACUGGCAAUGUUAAAAAAUGAUUUAUAUAGCUAUAAAUAUGUACCCUAUAAUAUACAUUUCUUAAAAAUACCUUCUCAAUAUGAUAUAUUAUGAGAAUGUUUCAAAUCACUUAUUAUUGAUUUGACAACAUUAUUCUACGUUGCCUAACAUGCCAUGAGCCAAAGCAUAGGUAACAUUUUGUUUGCACUAUAACAAAUGACACUUUGAAUUAGCUUGACUGCUAUGAGCAGCAGCCAGAACCAAUAGACCACAGGAAUAAAACUUUUAACAGCAAAAUCCCUGCCUUUCAUUUGCCGUUGGGGUUUAAUAAAUAAUUAUUCUGUUACAGCAAACUGGACCAUGCUGUAUAAAGGUUUAUUUCCUCUGAUUCAACUGCAAGUUUAGGAUUCUGUGGAUGGAUUUUUACAUGUUUUCAAGCAUAAAUAUUUAGCCCCAAAUUCUGGGGAGUUCUAA